AUGGCCACUGACUUUAGUCGUAUUCGCGGACCUGGCGAACUCAACAACUUCUCGCUCGCCUCCCUCCUUGAGGCCGAGACGUCUUCCAAGGAUGAGCCGACCAUCCAUCCGGCUCCCGUAUUCAGGCCUCCUCCUCCUGCUGCCCGUGGGCCGCUCGACGAGGGCGUCGCUGGUGUUGGGGCUUCACCCGACGUCCUCAUGCAGGCUUUGGACGACCUCGGUCGCCCGGCCUCCCCUCCUCGCAUCCCCGCUUCCAAGAAGCGCAAGGGUGUUGAUCGUCCGGUCCCACCUCCUCCUCAGAAGAAGAGUAAGGUGGCCUACUCUCACCCUGGUCCGCCUCCGCUGAUCAACCGCGCCACUAAACCCAAGCCCCGUCCAACGACGUGGGCAGGGAUUGCCAAACAGGCCGCUCCGAUGCCUCCCCCGCCUCCUGGUUUGGGACCGCAACGUCGUGGGCCUUCUCCUCCCCCCGCAUUCCCAACGGGUCCGAUGAAGACUUCACCUCAUCGGUCCGUUCCUUCUUUUACUUCCGAGGGCCCCACCCGGAAGCAGGUUCUCGUGUCAUUCGGGGGUACCCCUCCUGACCUCACGAAAUUCUUCACCGAGUCGGCUGUUCGUGCAGCCAACGGAUACCUCAGGGAUGGUCGAUCUAUGUUGAAGGUCACCUCCAUUGUCCGCGCCUACGACGGUUUGUCGUUGGUCACCCCCACUGUUGCCAGUUCGUCUGAUCUGGACAUACUGCGUAACUUUAUCCGCGAAAGCCUCCCAAUGGGGUUGAAGAUCACCCAGGAGGCACUUGAAAAGGCUCUCCGUACCUCGGUUCAUGCUGAGGUUUUCGCAUAUCUGAGCACUAAGCCUCGGAUCGACCGCAACUCGGCGCACUCGACAUCGUGCACCGUGUAUUGCAACAUCUGGGACUCCCAGCAGGGAACCCGCGCCAAGAAGGCCCUCAGCCAACCGAUCUUCCUCGCUGGACGGUCCUGUGCUAUCAGGCCUGCCGCACGACACACCGGGGUCCCGCUCUGCCAGCGCUGCUGGAAGUGGGGCCACCCCACAGUCGCCUGCAAGGCGAAACAACUCUCUUGCCCCAUCUGUUCGGGUCUGUGUAUGGAGGGCAAUGAGGUUAUCGGCGCACCAAAGCAUCCCGACUGGCUGCAAAUGGUGCGCAUUAAGGAAGGGGAGGUUCCCCGCGUGAUCGCCUACGUUUCGACUAGGUUAUCCCGCUAUUGUCCCGCUAUGCGUCGCGACAUCCUCGUCCUCUCCCUCUUCAGCAGGGGUGAGGUUCUUAAUCUAAUGAACGUCUACUCUGACGAUCAGCACACAGCCAUUGAGCACCUAGCUGCUCGUGUGCAUUCUUUACCACCUUUCAUUUACAUGGCUGGUGACUUCAACUGCGUGUCGACGACUUGGGAUGACUAUGAGCAUGGCGAGUCAUCGACGGCAAUAUCCCUGCGGGAUACCGCAUCUCAGAUCGGCCUCGAGUGGGCACGACCUUCUAACCAUGGACCGACAAGGAUCAGUCCUAAUCCAAACCAGAGAUCCAACGUGUUGGAUCUUGUAUUCUUAGCUCCAUCUGAGAUCUUAAUCUCGAUGCCCAGAUUGGAGCACGAUCUCCAGGGAGCGAGGCUGAAAAGUCUCUCAUUUUGGAUGGAUCUUGCGGCUAUUCCUGUCGCAGCCCUGACAACCAAGGAAGGCAUUGAAGCUUUAGCCAAUGCUAUCGCGACAGCGUUCUCGGACGCAUGGCUUGCCCAUGCGACCGAGUCCAAACCUACCAAGCGCUCCAAGUCCUGGUGGACAGACGAGUGCUCGGAGACCUUCAGAGUAUAUCAGCUGAGUUGCUCACUCAACAACAUAGUUAAGAAUGAUUUCUUCGAUGAAUGUAUUGCAGAAAUCGCUACCUCUCGCAAGCGCCCGUGGGACCUGAUGGAAUGGGUCAAACAGUGUAAGCUACCACCCUGUGAGGCUAUUCACAAUGGCGAUCAGCAUUGUCAUGAUAUGGACGACCUUUGGGACGCCCUCCACGGCACGCCGAUCGUACUCCUCAUCACUUUCGGUAAACUUAUCGAAAAGAUGAUUGCCAACAGGAUACAGUUUGACACUGUCAAGCAUGAUAUCUUCCAUCCCAACCAACUUGGCAGCAUUCGCCAGAGGUCAACCGAGGAUGCUGGAUUGAUUCUGACUCAUCUCGUGCGAGUGGAGUGGGUUAAGGGUCUCCAGACUAGCGCGCUGGCUUUUGACAUCGCGCAGUUCUUCCCUUCUAUCAACCAUGAAAUGUUCAUGGCUGUUCUUCACAAGCAAGGGUUCUCGCCAGUUUUGGUGGAAUUCUUUGCCUCUUAUCUUGUUGGUCGGUCCACGGUCUACUGUUGGAACACCUUCCAAUCCGACUCACGGUCUGCGGAUGUGGGUGUCGGGCAGGACUCCGCUCUCUCGCCUGUUAUCUCUGGGCUGUUCAUUGCUCUGGUAAUGAAGCUCUUCUACAUCAAAGCGGCGCCGCUCAACAUGACGCUGCUGUCCUUUGUGGAUGAUGGGACCAUUUUAGCCCAGUCCAAACAACUCGAUGAUAAUAAUGUGGGCCUGCGUAAGGCCUACAAGAUUAUCUACCUUCUUUUUGUCACCUUCGCGCUCGCCCUUGAACACGACAAGACCGAGUUGUUCCACUUUUCGCGUCGACGAGACGCCUACAAUCCCUCGCUGGAUCUGGGGUACGCCCCUCACACCGGUGUUACACCUUUGAAGCCCAAGACCUAUUGGAGGUACCUGGGCUUCUACUUUGACCGUGGGCUCACCUUUCAUGAGCACGUUCGCUACUAUGCCACCAAGGCGUUUACCACCGUGCAGGCCAUGCGCAUGCUCGGAAACUCUACUAGAGGUCUUUCGCCUAAACAGCGCCGCCUCUUAUACCGGUCGUCGGGUCUCAUCCCUGUCCACCUUAUGCUGAAGAAGCUGGCAACGCGCGCAGUGUACCGCGUAGCCACCCUCUCAGACACCCACCCCCUUCGCUCUAUGAUGGGCGAGGGACUCCUCAAGCGAGCCGCACCACAUGCUCGCUCUGCCGCCUUGAUGACCCCAGCCAUGCAAGGGAAAGUUAAGAGCACUGUCAUGGAAGUGGACGAGCACGUUCACACCUUAACUGAGAGUUUCGAGCCCUUUGCGCCCGAAGCUCGUCCAGGCGAUCGGUUAUUGGACCGCUAUGCGGACCAUCUCCGCUUUGACAAGCGUGAUCCUACCCAGGAUAGGCGCCAUAUCUAG